AUGAUAGUCAACACUAUCGACGACGCUGAUGACUGGCUGGCUGCGAUACUCGAUGGUGAAGAACGACGACCGAAAUUCGGGUUACAGGAUUUGAGUCUGCUGAUUUCCUCCAAAACGGAUGUCACUGAUACACUGGCGGAGUCUUGGAGGACAAGCACCACUUCGAAGACAGUGGAGAGACUUCUCUCUAUCGAUGAACCUGCAGAAAGCCUCGAAGAUGGCGAAGCCUUCAAGAAGUUCGAGUCAGGCAUCAGGGAGGCCACCAAACUCGCAGCCAAGUUCUCGGCAGACCAGAUCCCUAACAUUGACAACGGACCAGACAUGAUAACUCCCGCAUAUACCAACGCCAGCCAACCCGACUACUCACCGACUGGAACAAUCACUCUAUCGAAACAGGAUAUCGAUUCGACUCUCUCACUCUAUUCGCAUCAGCCGACUUUCCCACAAAAUGCCUUGGUUAUGCCACAGGUCCCAACACCACAACGCCACACCUCCCCGCCGCAGAUCCCUUCAAAUUGGGCACAGCUACUGGACGUGUACUUCGCCAACACACAUUCAUGGCUACCCGUGGUGCAGAAGCACGAUCUUAUGCGAUUGGUCUACCUCAAAGCCAAUAACGAUAAGGAUGCCAACACAUCAAAUGCAAUACAUAGCGGAGAUCCCUGCUUUCUCUGGACAGUCAUGGCCUAUUCCCUGCGCCAGUCGGGAUCUUUGGAGCUUUCAAAGGCCUUCCUCGAGUCAGCGACAGAUAUUCUAGCCAAAGACAAUGGAAAGUAUGAGAUCGGUCACAUACGAGCCAUACUCAUUGUGGCACUUAUUAGACUGGAAGAGCAAGACAUUGGAGCCGCGUGGCUCGCAAUCGGCCAAGCCACAUACUCAGCUGCCAUGUCGUUUCUUACUGUCAUUGGCGAUGGGCCCUUGCAGAAAGACGAGGGCACACGGCGAACACUUAUGUGCGUCUUUGUCCUUGACACGCUCAUCGCAAGCUUGGCAAAGUCACGGCCAUAUCUCAACUCCUCGGACGCACAGCGCUUUGGCUUGCUUGUCACAGAGUCCAUGGAAGAAUGGGAGCCAUGGUAUUCAAAAGAUUUGGAUGACCAGGCGCAGCCGCCGAGCCACACUCCAGGACUGACAUUGAGCACGUUCAAUUCCUUCUUCCUUCUUGUUUCCAUUCUAAAUGAUAUUGUGAGACUCGAGAUGAGAAGCGACAAUAUUGGCCGUUAUUAUCAUAUCAUCAGGGACUUUGAAGAAUGGAGGAAGCGUCGUCUGCCGCAUGGAAAUCAGCAUGAUGUCGCAAACACGCCACAGGAUACGAAUCUUCGUCUCGCUUGUGCCAGUAUUUCCGAGACUCUUACGACACAAGGGCAACGCCUUGAGGGUACACCAUAUGGAGUGCCCAGCAAGGGAUCCCCGGAAAUGCUUGUUCAAGAGCAAUCUCUUCUUCAACUUCUCGACACCACCAAGACAUUUCGCAUGCCUCCGACAUCGAUAGCCUUUCUCAAUAGCCUCGAAGCCGCUUAUGAAUACCGAAUGAAUAGCACACAGGGGCUCGGAGGAUCUCUUGGGGAUUUGCAAUCCUUAAAGACGGCCCUUGCUGAUGCCCAAAUGAGAAUCUCCCGGAGACACAGCCCUCCUACAACUUCUCGCAGUGAAAUCGCCGAAAGCGAGCCAGCGGUAAUGGAAGCCAUAGCAGAAUCCACAUCUGCUCAUCAAUCGGACCUGCGGCAGUUUCAGCCAGAAGCGCAAGUGAGCUUCAGUGAACUUAUGGACACUGCGACGGAGAACAUUGGCGGUGAACUCUUCAUGAGCCUCGCUGAUCUCGACUCAGCUGAUUGGUCGGCAAAUCCACCAGAGUUCAUGCGGCAUCUCGGAGUUGUAGGCGACAUGGCGACGGAUAUCCAGUCAUUCUUUGACCAAGAGCCCGGGUGA